UUUCUUGCAUCAUUUAUCAGGUAGAGCUAGAGAAGGUGGUUAUGUUGAUAUCAUCUUCCCGGAAACAGACUUUUAUGGGAGAAGACGAAGGCCUCUUGCUAGAAGUGCAUCACAUAUUUAAGGAUCUUAAGCCACAUCUUAACUUUGCCUUAGAGACAAGAGAAGUGGGAGAAGGCAUUCCAAUGAUUUUGGAACUUGUGAGGAAGCUGAACAUGCAAAAACCAAUACUUGAAAUGUUCUUCAGCAAGCCACCAAGGCAGGAAGGGGAAGAGUCCAGGUUUAAAGAAGGUGAAGUUACGAACAAGGAAGCAGAAGCCACUGGAGGUGGAGAAGACGAAGAUGUUAACGAGAUAGCAGAGGCCAUAUACGAUGGAAAAGUAGAAGGUGAAGGUGAUGAAUCCCAAGAGAAGGAACAUAAUGCUCCCAAGGACAAGGGAAAGAAGAACAAGAAAAAGAGUAAGAACAAGAGGAAGGGCAAAGGCCGGUAGAAGUAGAGUUCUUCCUUUUACUGGUAUGUAUACAUCU